AAUUACCGGAAAUUAGGUCAACUUAACUCCAACUUAACUAACUAGUCUUUUGUUUAUCAAUAUUUUCAUGAAUGAAUGUUUAAAUGACUUCAUUUAAAAGAAGGAUAAAACUUUUUCAUGAUGUCUAGCCAUAAAGACUACAAAGUUGAUUGGGUAGCCAACUUUCUUCACAAAUUUCCUCACAUAGACUUUGAAUUCGGAGAGACAAACUCGACUUUUGCUCCAGAUUCUGGAGACUACAGAGAAGGUAUAAUAUUUUUGGCAGCACUGCCUGUUGUUUGCUGUGUGGUAUUCCUUUUGUUGACAUCAUGCUGUUUGUGUGUGCACUGCUGCUGCCGACAGAGACCAAAUAAGAAGACGAGUACAACAUGUGUACGAUUCAUUACAGCCCUGUUCAUUAUCUUUGCUAUUGGUUGUGUAGCGGUAGGGUAUUUCGGUAAUGAAGAGGGAAACAAGGGAAUACAGUCUACUGUUGAUGCAAUACAGGAUACUAAUGAUACUUUGUCAGGAUCUCUUGCCACGUUAACAACAUUAGACAGUCUUACCAGCUCUAUCACACAAGCUGGCGUGGAAGCAUUAAAACUUGUGUUCAGUAAACAUUUGAAGAAUGUCACUCUCCGCAAUGAUGUCCUCAAACUUGCCGAUGAGAUUAAGAACAAGUCGCACCAUGUUAAAGGUGAUAUUGACUACAUCAAGACGGAUGUUGGGAAGAUAUCGUUAGAUCAGCUUCUGGAUGUAACACAGGAUGCAGAGUUCUAUAGAUGGAUCGGGACAAUAGUGUUACUGUCCUGGCAAGUUGUGGUGCUACUUAUAUAUAUUAUAGCUAUACUGAAGAAAUCCAAAUACUGGAUUGUCUGGGGAAUCACUCUUGGAUUAUUCUCACUUUUUCUUGUGUGGGUGGCAAUGGGUGUUUAUCUUGGAGGGACUGUGGCAAUCAGUGAUUUCUGUGUUGAUCCCAAUUCUUAUGUGAUGUCAACAUUACAACCCAAAGUUUCACCAGAUGUGAUUGAAAGCUAUGUGGAAUGCAAAAACAAUAACUUUUCAAAGGCAUUGGAUGAUGCCAGAGAUUAUGUGACCAAAGCAAAUGAGACCCUGAAUAUUGCCAUCAACAAAACUCUGCCAUACAAUAUAUCUCAAUAUAUGGCCGGUCCGGUUAAAGCGAUCCGAGAGGAUCUGACAUAUGCCCAGGGAAAUAUAUCCAGCCUUGGUAACUCUGUGUACUGUGGGCAGAUCCACAGCAACUACAUCAAAGCACUGAAAGGAUUGUGUAACAGAUCAUUAGUUGGGAUGUCUUUGAUCUUGCUGAUAUUACCUAUCUUUGGAUUGUCUUUGGUGUUCAUACAGUGCCUUGCUCCGAGGGUUUGGUUACUGCUGGGAACCAGGAAAACCUACAGAAAAGUAGAUGACUCAGACCCAUUCUUGCCUCGACCACCACCAUACAACAGUUAUGGUACUAUGGGUGAAGAAAGGGCACCUUUGAAUGAUACAGGAUAUUUGAAUGAAACCUCGGUAAUGACAUCACAUCCCCGUACAGAGUCUGUAGGAUCUGAUUCCCCACCCCCUGCUUUUCAGACAGAUGAGGUACAGUAACCAAGGGCUUUGUGACAUACUAAAUGUUACUUUUGCUGGAAUAUACACUCUCUAAUAUGGUUUAUAUAAUGUUUUGUUCCUUAUAACUCUAAAGCUUUAGUGGUGAAGGAGGCUCCUUGAGUUAUAGCCGUUUCAUUCUGCUAGAAUAUACAAUGCUGGGGUUUACAUAUUGGAAUAUUUUGUAAUAAACCAUUUAAAACACAAGACAGUGAGCGUUUAAGUCAUUUUCUUCGAUGUUUAACAUAUUUAAGACAAAAUCUAUUGUCAUUACAACGUGAUUUUCCCCAAAUUUUAGUUGUAAUGAAGUAAUAUUCACCUCCUAACGAGCCCUGUCAUCAUUUCCCAGAAUACUGGAGAAGAAAAAGCAGUUAGUGUUGUGGGAUAAAAUGGGUGUUACUGGCUGAAAUCUGUAAUCCAAAGAAAAUUUAAUUUAGUACCGGUAUAUUUAAACUUGUUUUGGUAGUAAUGCAAAAGUAUCUGUGGCUUGAAAAAACUUAUUAUGUCUCCCCCAGGAGACAUAUUGUUUUUGCCCUGUCCGUCCGUCCGUCCUUCCGUCCGUCUGUCCGUACGUCACACUUCAUUUCCGAGCAAUAACUGGAGAACCAUUUGACCUAGAACCUUCAAACUUCAUAGGAUUGUAGGGCUGCUGGAGUAGACGACCCCUAUUGUUUUUGGGGUCACUCCGUCAAAGGUCAAGGUCACAGGGGCCUGAACAUUGAAAACCAUUUCCGAUCAAUAACUAGAGAACCAUUUGACCUAGAACCUUCAAACUUCAUAGGGUUGUAGGACUGCUGGAGUAGACGACCCCUAUUGUUUUUGGAGUCACUCCGUCAAAGGUCAAGGUCACAGGGGCCUGAACAUUGAAAACCAUUUCCGAUCAGUAACUAGAGAACCACUUCACCCAGAAUGUUGAAACUUCAUAGGAUGAUUGGUCAUGAAGAGUAGAUGACCCCUAUUGAUUUUGGGGUCACUCAGUCAAAGGUCAAGGUCACAGGGGCCUGAACAUGGAAAACCAUUUCCGAUCAAUAACUAGAGUACCACUUGACCCAGAAUGUUGAAACUUCAUACGAUGAUUGUACAUGCAAAGUAGAUGACCCCUAUCGAUUUUGGGGUCACUCCAUUAAAGGUCAAGGUCACAGGGGCCUGAACAUUGAAAACCAUUUCCGGUCAGUAACUUGAGAACCACUUGACCCAGAUAGGAUGAUUGGUCAUGCAGAAUAGAUGACCCCUAACAAUUUUGGGGUCACUCUGUGAAAGGUCAAGGUCACAGGGGCCUGAACAUUGAAAACCAUUUCCGGUCAGUAACUUGAGAACCACUUGACCCAGAAUGAUGAAACUUCAUAGGAUGAUUGGUCAUGCAAAGUAGAUGACCCCUAAUGAUUUAAGGGUCACUCUGUUAAAGGUCAAGGCCACAGGGGCCUGAACAUGGAAAACCAUUUCCAAUCAAUAACUUGAGAACCUCUCGACCCAGAAUGUUGAAACUUAAUAGGAUGAUUGUUCAUGCAGAGUAAAUGACCCCUAUUGUUUUUGGGGUCACUCCGUUAAAAGUCAAGGUCACAGGGGCCUGAACAUUGAUAACCAGUUCCGAUCAAUAACUUGAGAACCACUUGACCCAGAAUGUUAAAACUUCAUAGGAUGUUUGAACAUGCAGAGCAGAUGACCCCUAUUGAUUUUGGGGUCAGUCUAUUAAAGGUCAAGGUCACAGUGGCCUGUUCAUGUAAAAUCAUUUUUUGGAAAUAACUUGAGAACCACUUGACCUACAAUGUUGAAACUUAAUAGGAUGAUUGGACAUGCAGAGUAGAUGACCCCUAUUUAUUUUGACUUCUAUUGACUUCUUGCCUAUAGGACUUUGCAUUGGGGGAGACAUGCGCUUUUUUACAAAAGCAUUUUCUAAUUUCUUUCUUGUUCUGAUUCAAAUUGAUAUUUAUCUUUUAAUUGCAAUAUGUUUGUAAUAUAGGGUCUCAGUGAUUUCCUAGAUAAUGAAUUAAACAUAAAGUUUGAUGUAUUAACCCUUAGCCUGCUGGCGGCAGGUUAUUUUGCCUUUGCGACCAGUGCAGACCAAGAUUAGCCUGCACAUCCCUUUGAAUAAUAAAUGGUACUACCCAUAUUGAAUUAUGGACAAUUCCAUUUAUGAAACAUAGUAGGGUAAGGGUUAAGAAGAUAAGAUAGUAUUACUGCUACUACUAAAGUCACUGCCUUACAUAACAGUUUGCAUGAUGUGUUUUGCUUUCUACUAAGGCCAUUUCAUGUAUACACUGAACCAAAAUCGAAUUGAAAAAAUUAAAAUGUAUUAUGAUCAAUGGGCCAUUUCAUGUAUAUGCGGAAACCAAACCAAAAAGUUGAAACGAAAGUGAAACAAAAUCAUGCAUAAAUUGAAAUCAUAAUCCGGGGUAAUUGAAUUUUGUCUGAUAAGGUGAAAAAGGUCACCUUUUUCAUUAGCUGUUGAGUUACACAUUUUUUCCCAGUGAUUUGGAUAAAAAUUUGGCAUUAAUGUAAAAGCUGUUGUUGUUUCUAAAACGAAAAAAGAAUGGCAUUAGUUCAGAUUUGGACUCAGUUCAUUGUAUAUGUGAAAUAGCCUUUAAUGAAUAAUAAGUUGCUUUGUGAAACAGGGACCAACAUACUGUUUAUGUUGUAUAUUUUGACUGGUUGCAUACUAAUUCAAAGUGCUUAUGUGGUUAAACCUGUACAGGUCUGCUCUAUCUACAUUGAAUAUCGAUAAAGUAUUUCUGCACUAGGAAAAUUCUCUCAAACCUUACCUCACACGUGCCCAGUAUCUCUGCACAUUGCCUCAUUUCGAUUUUGUGGAUAUUUCUCUUUUAUUUUUACACAUUUAUGUAUUCCCAAACAUGAUCUUGAAUUGAUUUUGUCAGGCCAGUCUGUUUGUAUACCAAUCUGUCUAUUUCGAGAUUUUUCUCAUUAAAGGUUUUUUUGUGCCCCCCUUCCAUGAGUGGUGGGGGCAUAUAUAGAUUUGCUAUUGUCCUUCCGUCCGUGCAUCUGUCCGAAGUUCGUGACACACCUAGCUCAAAAAGUAUUUGAUAUAAAUUAAUGAAACCUUGCAUGAGUCUUUGUCAUAAUAUGAACUUGCGCACCUCCUAUUUUUCGUCUGGCUCCGCCCCCUAAUUUUAGAGCCCCUGAAAUAGUCAAAAAUGCACAUUUUCACCUUGUGACACGCCUAGCUCAAAAAGUAUUUGAUAUAGAUUCAUGAAACCUUGCAUGAGUCUUAAUCAUGAUAUGAACUUGCGCACCUCCUAUUUUUCAUCAGGGUCCUCCCCCUAUUUCUAGAGUUAUGGCCCCUGAAAUAGUCAAAAAUGCACAUUUUCACCUUGUGACACGCCUAGCUCAAAAAGUAUUUGAUAUAAAUUGAUGAACCCUUGCAUGAAUCUUUAUCAUGAUAUGAACUUGCGCACCUCCUAUUUUUCAUCUGGGUCCGCCCCUUAUUUCUAGAGUUAUGGCCCCUAAAAUAGUAAAAAAAUGCACAUUUUCACCUAAUUAUGUGCCACAUCCAAGAAGUAUUUAAUGUAAAUUCAUGAAACCUUGCUUGAGUCUUUAUCAUAAUGUGACCUUGCACACUUGGCAUUCUUCUUGAGAGUUUUAGUGUUUAUUACAGAGUUAUGGCCCUUGAAAUAGCCAAAAUAGUGGAUUUUUUGUUUGUGAUGCUCAUAGCUCAAAAAGUAUAUGGUAUAGAAUAAUGAAUCCAUUUCGUAAAUUGUUUUUUUUUUUGAGGCUAUACCCCAUUAAGACUGCAAACAUUUGAAUGAUUUUCCCUUAUUUGUGACAAAUGUACCAGUGGGGGGCACACCUUGUGUCCUACAGACACAUUCUAGUUGAAAAAGUUUUUGUAGACUAAUUUUUCAUAACUGCUGAUCUGAUUUCAACCAGAUUGUUUAAGAAGGGACCAGUACCAAGCCAAGUUAUGCAUAUUACAGUCAUUAUUCGCAUGGAUGAUAUUCUUUGGAUUAUGGUAUUUUUAUAUUAUUGGCAACUACUAUAUGUUGUCAUAUUUCAUUGAAAUGAGACCGUAUGGAGACAUUUUUAGCUCAGCUGAUUUUUUUUAAAACAAGAGGACCAUGAUGGUCCUGAAUCGCUCACCUAUCCCCACAUGACCCAGUGUUGAACUGAGUAUGACGACAUUAUUUCUGUUAUUUGACAUAGUGACCUAGUUUUUGAGCACAUGUGACCUAGAUAUCAUCAAGAUAAAAAAUUCUGACCAAUUUUCAU